AUGGAGCGCACUCCCGACCUGGGGCUUGGGGACUCAUCCCUGCACCGCUACCUGGAUGGAGAAUUCUGGACCCUCAAGAACGAGAUGCGCAGAGCCCUGGGGAGCUCUCCUCUCUUCCAGCCCAGGUAUGAUUUAAGUUUGGAUGAAAUGAGAGCUUUGACAAAUCAGCGAACGAAGUUUGUCCUAAAUCACCCUCUGGUAAAGCGUGUAUUUCAGGAACAGGAAGAAAGAAGGAAGAAUUUCAUCAGCCGAAGCCUUGCCCUGGCAGAAGUGGUCUGCAUGGUGGACCCGGCCACCUGUGUGAAGUGUGGAGUCAUUUCUUUCCUAUUUGGCGGUACCAUCCUCAAUCUUGGAAGUUCUGAACAUGUUAUCAAGUGGUAUCAGCAACUCAAGGAGCUGAAGUAUACCGGGAUGUUUGCAAUGACGGAGAAAGGCCACGGGAGCAAUGUGAGACAGAUCCAGACUGAGGCUACCUUUGACCUUGACAAUCAGGAGUUCGUGAUUGACACGCCGUGUGAAGAUGCCCAGAAGAUGUACAUCGGCAACGCCAUGGACGGGAACUGUGCUGCCGUCUUCGCCCAGCUCAUCAUUGAGGGAAAGUCACAAGGGCCCCACUGUUUCAUCGUUCCCAUCAGGGAUGAGCACGGAAACUUGUAUCCAGGGGUGACAGCUAUUGAUAUGAUGCAUAAAGAAGGUCUGAACGGUGUGGAUAACGGAAUUUUGAUGUUUAACAAGGUUCGAAUUCCAAGAGAGAACCUGCUGGAUAAGUUUGGUUCUGUGACUCCAGAUGGACAGUACUAUUCACCCAUUCAAAACAAGAGUACAAGAUUCAACGCAAUGCUGGCAAUGCUGACCCCUUCAAGACUGGCAGUGGCUUUCAACGCCAUGGGUACCAUGAAGGUUGGACUGACGAUAGCCAUCCGCUAUAGCCACAGCCGAAGGCAGUUUGGGCCCAAGGGCAAAGAAGAGGUGAGGAUCAUCGAGCACCAGAUGCAGGCGCUCAGGCUGAUGUCUCACCUGGCCACCGCACUGGCCCUGACCUUCACAAGCAGGCAUGCAGCUUUUAUCCUGGACGAAAACAUCUUCCAGGGGAGGGAACUCAUCAACAGUCGCUCGCUGCAGGCUCUGAUGGCCGGCCUGAAAGCCUACAGUACCUGGGAGACCAUCAGCUGCCUACAGGACUGUCGCGAGUGCACCGGAGGCAUGGGUUACAUGAUGGAAAACCGAAUCUCAGGCCUGAAAUGUGACACCGACGUGUUUGUAACCUUUGAAGGUGACAAUGUAGUCAUGCUUCAGGUCGUGGCCCGGGAACUGCUGGCCCAGUACAACAAGCGGUAUAAGAAGAACCCAGUCCUGGGGCUGAUCCAGAACUGGACUGCAACUGCCAGUGACCAACUGAGAACCAGUUUCCUGGCAUUUAACACUGACACAGUGGGCCAUCUCACCUUUCUGCUAAAAGCAGUGAAUUUUCGAGAAAGGGUUCUUCAGCGGAGUUUGGUGUCCAGGAUUUACCAUAAGGUGGUAACCAAGAAAGGGGAUUUCUUCAGUGCCUGGAACUCCUGCAUGCACCAUAUCACCUUACUGUCUCUGGCACACAUCCACAGAGUUGCACUAGAGCAGUUUGCGCUGGCCGUGAGGCGCUGUCCGGACAGGGAGGACCAGGCCUUGCUAAUGAAGUUUUGUCUGUUGUAUGGGACGAAGCUGGUGUUCCAGGAGCGGGGCUGGUACUUAGAACAUAAGUACCUGACUCCCAAGGCCAGCAUGAGGAUCAGGGCUCAGUUGCUGGAUUUGUGCGAGUCCGUGAAGGAUGACGCCCUGAAGGUGAUCUCUGCCUUUAACAUUCCACACACCAACCUCCAUGCACCAAUCGCAGGAAUUCCCAACCCCCGGGCUGCCUGGGCCUUCUACCCCGCGCCUACGCCAACGCUGGUGCGGGAAGGGGCGCGCUCCCAGCUGUCCAAACUGUGAGCCAGACUAUUAACCAGCAGGGCAAGAAAUGUAGUGGCCCGU